AUGGAAACGAAAAUGUUUGGGGGUUUGCCAGAGUUGGGGAUAUCGAACGGCGAGGACCUGAAAGAAACUCUCACCAACUGCACCGAACCACUGAAAGCCAUUGAUCAAUUUCAGAUGGAAAAUGGCAUUUUGUUGCCAACUCUACAGUCCGCCCUUCCUUUUCUGGAUCUACACGGAACACCCCGAUUGGAGUUUCACCAGUCAGUCUUUGAUGAACUUCGGGAAAAGUUGAUGGAGCGAGUGGCUACUAUUGCUGAAGGCAAGGAGGAGGACAGAUAUGGAAAGCUUGAAGAAUUACUGGAGAAAAGCUUUCCACUGGUCAAAAUGCCAUCCAUUCAACCAGUGGUGAUGCAAGUGCUGAAACAUUUACCCAAGGUACCUGAGAAGAAACUAAAGAUGGUCAUGGCUGACAAGGAGCUUUACAAGGUGUGUGCUGUGGAAGUAAAAAGGCAAAUCUGGCAGGACAACCAGGCCUUAUUUGGGGACGAGGUUUCACCUCUCCUAAAGCAAUAUAUUGUUGAAAAAGAAGCAGCUCUAUUUAGCAGCGAUCUCUCUAUUCUACAUAAUUUCUUCAGCCCAUCUCCAAAAAUGAGACGUCAAGGCGAGGUGGUCCUGAAGCUGACCCAGAUGAUUGGGAAGAAUGUAAAACUUUAUGAUAUGGUUUUGCAGUUUUUGCGAACAUUGUUCCUACGGACCCGAAAUGUCCACUACUGUACUCUAAGAGCAGAACUGCUUAUGUCUCUUCACGACUUGGACAUAAGUGAAAUCUGCUCUGUUGACCCCUGCCACAAGUUCACUUGGUGUUUAGAUGCCUGCAUUCGUGAGAAGUUCGUGGAUGGAAAGCGGGCAAGAGAGUUGCAAGGGUUCUUAGAUGGGGUCAAGAAAGGACAAGAGCAAGUUCUUGGGGACUUGUCUAUGAUCCUGUGUGACCCAUUUGCUUCCAACACCCUGGUGCUGACAAUCAUGAGAAACCUACAAGAGCUUCUUAGCCAGGAUGCUUUACCUAGGGAUAGUCCUGAUCUGAUGUUGCUUCUGAGGAUGCUUUCUCUUGGUCAAGGAGCCUGGGAUAUGAUUGACAGUCAAGUGUUUAAAGAACCUCGUUUGGAUUUGGACCUUAUGACCCGCUUUCUGCCUGCCAUGAUGUCAGUGGUUGUGGAUGACCACACUUUCAGUGUAGAACAGAAACUUCCCAGUGAAGAAAAGACCUCAGUCUCCUAUCCUACAACUUUGCCAGAUGCCUUUACCAGAUACCUGCAGGAGAACAGAGUGGCCUGUGAAAUGGGUCUUUACUACAUUCUUCACAUCGCCAAGCUGAGAAACAAGAAUGCCUUACAAAGGUUGCUGCCUGCCCUAGUGGAGACUUAUAACGAUAUGGCUUUUGGUGACAUUUUCCUGCACUUGCUUACCGGACACCUCACGCUGCUCUCAGAUGAGUUCGUCGGAGAAGAAUUUUGUUUAGUUGUUUUUGAUGGCUUCCUGUUGACUACUUUUUCCAGUAAAGAAAACGUCCACAGACACACUCUACGUAUGCUCCUGCAUCUCCAUCAUAAGGUGUUGCCUUCAUAUAUGGAAACUUUGAUAAAAACUUUGGAACCUCCAAAACAGAGUAGUGAUCCUGUGAAGGAGUUACACAGCCAACUCAUAGAGAAGAUAGAAGCCCAGAAGAAGAGUCCUCCAAUGCCUGAAGAAACUCCAUCCCUGGAUCUCAGCCUUCACCCUGUAAAUGUUCCCACCACAGCCUCCACCCCAACUACACCUCUCUGA